AUCACUUCGUAUGAAAACUUAAAAAAGAGAGAGUCGUUGAAUUUUUGUGUUAAUACCAGACAAACGACACCGUUUGCUGGAAGCCGCAAAAUUUGCUCCUAAUCUCGUCGCCGAGAGUAUUCCAGUCAUCGGCGAGCUUCCCGCGUCUGAGUUCCACGAUCUUCUCCUUCCAAAUUCACAAACCUAAGAGUUAAGAGUCAGAGUAUCAAAUUACAGCAGCAAAUGACCCGUUCUUGUAGCAUUAGAGCUUUAUGGAUCAUCAGCACCCAAGACACUGUCCUCUUCUCCCGUUGUUCAGACGAUUUCCGGUGGUGGAAAAACGGUGGCGAGCGGCCUGUCAGCUAGAGAAUGAGCGUUUGAGUGACGAAAGUGUGAAAUCUCAGUGGGCACCUCCGGCACCUUAUUUACCAACUGAUUCUGAGAUAGCUGCCGCAUUUUGUGAACGGAAGAUUAGGGAGGGGUCUUCCCGUGGAUAUGGUCUUAGGGUAAACCAAUCCGUUGAAGGAUCAGAUUCCUGGGUUGAUGAUCCAAUUACACGUCACAUGAUAAGUCUGUUUAUUAAUAAAGAAGAUGGAGUGAAUCAUAUUUUAUGGCCAUUGAUUAUGCACAUUAAGGCGAAUUAUUGUGUCCUUGUACUCCCUUUAGUUGAACCGCAUCAUCUGAGAGUGUAUUCAAGAUUGUGUAGUAAAGCAGAUUGUGGAAACUCUAUUGGAGCAGAUGAAAAUUUAUCGUCACUCCUCCUUGAUCUUCCAUCCAUUACAGGGGCUUUUAUGGUGGCACAUAUCCUUGGAGAUGUUAUAACCGGAGAUGUAACAGAACCAGAAAUAGUCAUAAACGCUUCUCCAUCUGUUGGAGGAUUGUUGGAUUCUAUCACUGGAGGUAUUGGUAUUUCAGCAAGAGCAAAGCCUGGGGGUUCACCAGCUGCAGCACCUACAGUUUCCAGUAGUGGUAGUGGUGGAGCAAUGACAACUGAUGGUCCAAAGGCUGGGUUAAGGCCCAUCGAUAAGGAUGCUAUUCGAUCUUUUAUUAGUAGCGCUAUGCCUUUUGGUACACCCUUGGACCUGAACUACACAAAUAUUUCAUCGAUUAAGAUUAAUGGAUUUUCAUCAUCAGAUAUGCCUCCUACAGACAACAAACAACCAGCAUGGAAGCCUUAUCUUUACAGAGGAGGGAAGCAAAGAAUCCUCUUCACAAUUCAUGAGACCAUUCAUGCUGCACUGUAUGACCGCGAUGAGAUUCCAGAUAGCAUAAAGGUUUCAGGUCAAGUGAAUUGCCGGGCGGAGAUAGAGGGGAUGCCUGAUGUCAUGCUUCCUCUAACCGGGUUAGACACUGCUCAUCUAGAGCUAUUGUCAUUUCAUCAUUGUGCUCAAGUUCCAGAGCAUGGCAAUGAUAAGCAAGCAUUGAUGUUCUCUCCACCAUUAGGGAAUUUUGUGUUAAUGCGUUACCAGGCAUUUUGCCGCAUUGGCCCCCCAAUAAAGGGAUUUUACCAACUUUCAAUGGUCUCAGAGAAUGAAGGUGCUUUUUUGUUCAAAUUGUGUCUAAUGGAAGGUUAUAGGGCUCCACUUUCCAUGGAUUUUUGUUCGGUAUCCAUGCCCUUUCCUAGGAGGAAAGUGGUUUCUUUUGAUGGAACACCUUCUCUAGGAACAGUUUCAAUCACCGAGCACUCAGUUGAAUGGAAAAUUAUGAUGUCUGGUCGGGGAGUCUCAGGGAAGAGUGUGGAGGCAACAUUUCCUGGAACGGUUAAGUUUGCUCCUUUAAAAACACAAAGCCUCGGAAAUGUGGACGAUGAAGAUGAUGAAUUAGACUCAACUAACCAUGCAAUUAAUGUGGAAGAUAUCUUGAUGGAAAAAAUGAGCAAGGACCUUCAAGCAGUUGACUUGGAGGAGCCAUUUUGUUGGCAGGCAUACGAUUAUGCUAAAGUUUCUUUCAAAAUUGUGGGUGGGUCUGUAUCGGGAAUGACGAUUGAUCCCAAACAUGUAACCAUUUUCCCAACUGUCAAAGCACCUGUGGAAUUCUCAAGUCAGGUCACUUCUGGUGAUUACAUUUUGUGGAAUACAUUAGGAAAAUGCCCGAUUGCCCCGACACCAAAAGUUUAAUUCGUGAGUCCACUGGCAACUUAUAUAAAGAUUAUUUUGUUCCCCUCAUAUAAAGAUUACAUUUUUAUGUCCAGUUCUUAUUAUGGCGGGAUUGUAUUUGUAAUUAACUCACAGAGAAUCUGUUGCAGAUAGUACUGGCAUGGAUUUGGUAUUCUGCAUAAGUGCAUGGAACGAUUUUCCUUAGGACUGAUGACACGCUGAAUUUUGAACUUUUAUGUUUUUUUUUUAAAUUAUUUCAAAUGCUUCUUUUAUUAACAGUAUUGAAUAUUCGCACAAAAUAGCUAGCAUUCGCUGGGUUGUGAAGUUAGGGUGUAUUUGUGGUGCUUUAUGGAGCCGGUACACCUAUGCUUUCUAAUUUUCUAUCUUUUCUAGCAAAAAUGGUCUACGUUGUAAUAGAUAUGAUGUUAUACAUAACCGUAUUUUAAGGGUCAUGCUAACCACAAUCCUUAGGGCUAUGGUUUAACGUGAGGAU